GAAAUUUGGAUUUUAUUUUAUAUAGGAUUCAAAAACGAUUCCCAUUUAGGAAUAAUUCAAAAAUCUACUUAUUGAGGAAACAAUCCUCAAUCAACUAAUUUAUACUUUUUUUUGUUUUAUUUUGAAUACUUUCCUUCUUUUUUUCUUUUGAAUCUUUCCUUUCCCUAUUUCCUUCUUUCUAUAUUUUCAAUUUGAAUUUUGAAAAUUUUUUUUUGUCUCAAACACGGUGCAACUCGAUCGAAGGAAGUAUGGGAUAUAUUACAGAAGGAAUACCAAGAGGCCGUGAUCGUGGCUGUGGUAGAGGCUGUGGCGGUAGAUCUAGUGGUUUCAACAACAAAAACGGUAAAGGAUCAGUCACAGGACAGGAAAAGAAGAAAACUUUAUUAAUUUGGACAAAUCAGUUAAAGGCUUCUGGGAAAAUUAAACUUCCAUGGAAAAGGUACAAUCGCGUGGCGAUGGGUGACGGCUGUGUCCAUGACAUGCACGGAAGAGGUACAAUUGCGAUGAGCUCGAAUACAACAAGUGAUUCAAAUUCUAUAGAAGAUGAAAGUGACUCCGAAGAUGAAAGUAACUGCGAAGUGGACAAAAUAAGAAAAUUUUAUAUGACGGCUACUGUUGGAGUUGCAAUAUGUGCUAAUUAUUAUGCCAAGUAUCUCAUGAAACAAAAUCCUAGAACUUCAACACUUUCUGGAUGGCAAUGGGUUCAAGAAACCUUACGAACCCCAGGGGAGAGUUAUAGAAUGCUUCGUAUGGAGUCUGAAGUAUUUAAAAGAUUAGCUUUGUUGCUUACUAAUAAUUAUGGUUUACAAUCAACUCGAGCAAUGCAUGCAGAGGAGGCGCUUGCGAUAUUUCUUUUGGUUUGUGGACACAAUGAAACAAAUCGUAAUAUUCAAAACCGUUUCAAGCAUUCGGGUGAAACAAUUAGUAGAAAAUUUAAUGAAGUUCUUGAUAGUUUAGUUCGAUUUUCUGUUGACAUAAUUAAACCGUUGGAUCCUUCAUUUACUACAACCCCUCCUCAAAUUCGCAACAAUGUUAGGUUCUGGCCUCAUUUUGAAGGAGCUAUUGGUGCAAUUGAUGGAACACUUAUUCGUGCUGUUAUACCUAAAGAAGAUCAAAUUCCAUAUAUUGGUAGAAAGCCUUACCCAAUGCAAAAUAUAAUGGCUGUUUGUGAUUUCAAUAUGGUGUUCACAUUUGUUGUUGCCGGUUGGCCGGGAGCCACGCAUGAUGCACGAAUUUUCACUACUACUUUGAAUAACUAUGGUCAUAUAUUUCCACAUCCUCCUGAAGGUUAG